AUGAGCCCGUUGAACCGGGGCCCGCUCAUGGGGCCUAGGCUGCCGCCGGCCGGCAUGCGGCAGCUCCCGCCGCCCAGGUUCGUAGGUAGACUGGUGCCGCACGGUAUGCCGCCGCGGGGGAUGCUCCCGCCGCCGAUGUUCGGCCCGGGUGGCCCGCGGCAGAGGCUGCCGCCGCCGCCGAGACCCGGCCCGGGCGCCGGCGGCGUGUCCCGGCCGAACGGCAUGCUGCCGAGGUUCCCCCCCGGCGGCCCGAGGGCGCGCGGCUUGGCGCCCAUCGUGCCGUCGAUGGGACCGCGUGGCGCCGGAUUACCGCGCGGGCCGCCCAUGCGGCCGUGGCCGCGACGGUUGCCGCCACCGCCGCAGAUGAUGCCGCACAUGAGGCCGCACAUGAGGUUCGGCAACGGGAACGCCAAGGGCAAGGCGAUAAAUAACGCGAAAAAGGUCAAGAUCGAAGAAUUAGAAUUAAAAAAGCCAUGGAUGACAGACGAAAUUCGUAACGAGAUUCAAAGAAAAAACAAACUGUACGCUAAGGCAAAAAAGAACAAAGAUGCCGUAGAAUGGGAGGAAUUUAAGGAUCUUCGAAACAAAGUAACAAGGAUGAUAAGAGAUGCAAAAAAUGAAUACCUUGCGAAACAUCCCGAACAGGCUCACCUGCAUCCGGUUGACGAAGAGUACGAUGAUCGGAGAGACGAAAAUUACGUCAGUUCCGACGACGACAACGCGACUUACUAUUGCGAGGUCUGCGACAGAGACUUCCCGUCCGAGGUUGGUCUCACCGAGCACAAAAGCACGCACAUGCUUUGCGGAAUUGACGGCUGCAAGUUUUCGGCGCAUCCACUGCUCGUAGAGAAACACAUUAGUAUGCAGCAUCGUACCGGUUUGUACCAGAGGAUGAAGGAUCUGUCGACGCCGGAAGAUAUCGAGAAAUGGAUAAUGGAGCGGAAGAAGAGGUAUCCCACCGAGAGCAACAUAAAGUUGCGCAAGGCAGAACAGCUGGAAAAGCUACAACGGGGAGAGGUAAUCAAGCAGAAUUAUAAUGUACGAACGAAUACAAGGAAGACGGCGAACACACGCGAGAAAAGACGCAAGCCUCGCAAACGUAUUGCACGCGAAAUUACAAACGGUCAUGUACAUAAAGAAGAAACGUAUAGAGGUUUACAUCCGUUUGCUGGUAUAGGCAAUUUGCAAGAUGAUGUGGCUUGCUUAGACGAACAGAUGAACGGAAUAGAUUUGCAUGAAAAAAUUAUUGAUAAUAUCUCGGAUGAGGAAGAUUUACCGCAAGCACCUACAGCAGCCGAAUCUACUGACCACACACCGACUGUAACUAGUUUGCCUACACAGUUUAGCUUAGUAGCGGAUUACGAAAGUGAAGACGACGAUGAUGGUCCAGAAGAAGUGUCGAUAAAAAGAAUAAAAACGGAAUAUCUACAGAAUGAUAAAAUGACAGAAGCGGAGAAUUUGCAGGAUGAUAAAAUGACAGAAAUGGAAAAUUUGCGAGAUGAUAAAAUGAUAAAAACGAAGAAUCUACAGGAUGAUGAAAUGAUAAAUACGGAGAAUCUGCAGGAUGAUAAAAUGAAAGGAAAUAUUAUUCAUGAAGAAAAUCCAUCCGCGCAAGCUUCUAAUACGCAAUCUUGUACUAACGCGAGUGAUGAAUCAAAUAACAAAUUUAAAAAUACCGUCGGUAAAAAUGAAGAUAAGCAAACCCGCGAAUCAAAUCAAAUUAGUUACAAAAAUGUGAAAAAUCCACGUAGACAUAGUAGCUUAUUAGAAAAAUUACUUUCGCGUGCUAUACAACAUGAGAGAAAUUUAAUUUGCCAAUGUGUGAAAUAUAUUAUAGAAAACAAUUUCUUCGAUAUAAAAUGAUCUGAAAUAGUAAUUAUUACGCGAAAUUUAGAAACAAUUUACGUGAAUCUAGAAACAAUUUUACAUUUAUAGACCUCAAACC